CCCCCAGCCUCUGGCCAGGGCCUGAGCCUGCGGAGCCGCCCCCUCAAGUGCCGCCGCCGCCGCCUCUGAGGGAACGGCCCCCGUCCCGCCCGCGGGGGGCGGCCCGCGCCGCGGCCCCUCCUCGGGGGAGGCCGGCUGCAUGGGCAGGUUCUGCGGGGCACCGCUGUCGCCGGCCUCGCCGCUCCUGGGCACCAGUUUAGAUUACCUCUGAUUCGAUCCCCUGGAAUCUGCAAAAGGAAAGUCUGCCAGCCUCUGUGGAUAGCUUUGCAGUGUAACAGGAGUGGAGCUCCCGAGCAGAACUGCUGAGAGAUGCGUGAAGGAGCGUAGGCAGAGCUGAGCACGUCGGUAUCUCUGCCUCCAGCCUGGUCACAGUUUGUGUGGGGGGGUGAAUACCCUCUCGGCACCUGGAGAUGAUGUCGGUUGAAGGGUCUACGAUAACAAGUCGGAUCAAAAACCUCCUUCGCUCUCCUUCCAUUAAGCUGAGGAGAAGCAAGCCUGGGAACAAGCGAGAGGACAUAGGCAGCAGGGUGACCUUGGAGAAGGUGUUGGGGAUAACUGUCUCAGGAGGCAGAGGAUUAGCCUGCGACCCCAGAACCGGCCUCGUCGCGUACCCGGCAGGGUGUGUUGUGGUGUUGUUCAACCCAAGGAAGAACAAGCAACACCAUAUUCUGAACAGUUCCAGGAAAACAAUUACAGCACUUGCUUUCUCUCCAGAUGGAAAAUAUUUGGUUACAGGAGAGAGCGGGCACAUGCCGGCAGUGCGGGUGUGGGACGUGGCCGAGAGGACGCAGGUGGCUGAGCUGCAGGAGCACAAGUACGGCGUGGCCUGCGUGGGCUUCUCCCCCAGCUCCAAGUACAUUGUCUCAGUGGGGUACCAGCAUGACAUGAUUGUCAACGUGUGGUCAUGGAAGAAAAACAUUGUAGUGGCAGCCAACAAAGUCUCCAGUAAGGUGACAGCCGUGUCGUUCUCAGAGGACUGCAGUUACUUUGUCACUGCUGGAAAUCGACACAUCAAGUUCUGGUACCUGGAUGACAGCAAAACCUCGAAGGUCAAUGCCACAGUCCCCUUGCUGGGUCGCUCGGGGCUGCUUGGAGAACUGAGGAACAACUUCUUUGCAGAUGUGGCUUGUGGAAGGGGCAAAAAAGCUGACAGCACCUUUUGUAUCACCUCCUCAGGCCUGCUGUGUGAAUUCAAUGAGAAAAGGCUGCUGGACAAGUGGGUGGAGCUGAGGACCACUGUGGCAAACUGCAUCUCUGUGAACCACGACUACAUCUUCUGUGGCUGCGCUGAUGGCACCGUGCGCAUUUUUAACCCUCUGAACCUUCACUUUGUCACCACCCUGCCGAAGCCACACUUCCUGGGGACGGACAUCGCCAGCGUGACCGACGCCAGUCGUCUUUUCUCUGGUGUGGCUGAUGCAAAGUAUCCAGACACCAUUGCCUUGACCUUUGACCCCACCAACCAGUGGCUUUCCUGUGUCUACAAUGACCACAGUCUGUACGUGUGGGACAUCAAAGACCCAAAGAAAGUGGGCAAGGUGUACUCUGCUUUGUACCACUCUUCCUGCGUGUGGAACAUCGAGAUGUAUCCAGAGGUGAAGGAUAACAAUGAGCCAUGCCUGCCCCCUGGCUCCUUCAUCACCUGCUCCUCUGACAACACCAUUCGGCUGUGGAACACCGAGAGCUCCAACAUUCACGGCACAGCCCUGCACCGCAACAUCCUCAGCAACGACUUGAUGAAGAUCAUCUAUGUAGAUGCCAACACUCAGGUGCUUGUAGACACUGAUUACAACUCAGCAGGAAGUGCAGAAAAAGCUGAUGCACAAGUGAUGGAUCCGAAGGUGGGGAUACGGACCGUCUGCGUGAGCCCCAGCGGGGAGCACCUGGCCUCGGGGGACAGGAUCGGCACUCUCAGGAUAUAUGAGUUGCAAUCUCUGAGGGAAAUGCUGAAGGUGGAAGCCCAUGACUCUGAGAUCCUAUGUCUGGAGUACUCCAAACCUGACACGGGCUUAAAGCUCUUGGCCUCGGCCGGUCGGGAUAGAUUGAUUCACGUCCUGGAUGCUGGAAAGGAUUACAGCCUGCAGCAGACCCUGGAUGAACAUUCUUCUUCUGUCACUGCUGUGAAGUUUGCAGCCAAUGAUGGGAAGGUGAGGAUGAUCAGCUGUGGGGCAGACAAGAGCAUCUAUUUCCGCACGGCGCAGAAGACAGGAGAAGGGGUUCAGUUCACUCGAACACAUCACAUUGUUAGGAAGACCACUCUGUAUGACAUGGACGUGGAUCCCAGCUGGAAAUACGCAGCUAUGGGGUGUCAGGAUCGGAACAUCAGGGUUUUCAACAUAAGCAGUGGGAAGCAGAAAAAGCUUUACAAGGGAUCCCAAGGGGAAGAUGGCACCCUCAUCAAAGUCCAAAUGGAUCCCUCUGGUCUUUAUAUUGCAACCAGUUGUUCUGACAAGAACCUCUCCAUCUUUGAUUUCUAUUCAGGGGAGUGUGUUGCAACCAUGUAUGGGCAUUCAGAGAUUGUAACUGGGAUGAAAUUCAGUAACGACUGCAAACAUCUGAUCUCUGUUUCUGGUGACAGCUGUAUCUUCAUCUGGCGCCUGAGCUCGGAGAUGACCAUCAACAUGCGGCAGCGGCUGUCUGACAUGAAGCAGAGAGGGAAGCAGGCAGAAAAGUCUCCUCCACACAAAACUGCAGGACUCAUGAGGCACGAGUCCAUCUCUGUCCUGUCCUCUGUGCCUGCCCUCUCGUCAGACAGCGACAAGGAUGGUGAAGAUGAAGGGAAUGACGAAGAUGAGUUUCGUGGGCUGCAGGCUUUCCAUAUUCAAUCCAGCUGCAACACUGAGAGAGACUCAGACCCAGACCUUACCCUCUCAAGAAGCCUUUCCCAUUGGGAAAUGAGGAGGGCCAAAGAGCUGGCGGCGAUGCAGCGCUCGGAGGCUCCCGUCAGCGCCCAGAUGCCCCGGCAGCGCGGGCGCUGGUCCCAGCCCAGCAGCAGCAUCGAGAUGACAGUGAAAUCCAUGCUGGACCUGCGCCAGCUCGAGGCUUUCUCCGUGUCCCGCUCUCCCAGUCGAGACUCGCUGUCCCAAACCAGCAACGGGGACGACAGAGAGGAGCAGCCAGAGCUUCCCGGCCACGGCAACAAAGUUGGCAGCUCAACGCCUCCCCAGGAUCAAGAGUCGUGUGUGCGACCCCAAGUGAUCCAGCUCAUGCUUUGCGAGGAGGGGAUUUUCUCUCAGGAUCUGGAGCCUUCUGAGAGCGAGGAGUGUGUCAUCUACCCAGAGCAAGAUGAAAUCCAUCCCACAGACCCUAGCAGUGAGUUCCAGGUAAAAGCAUUGCCCCAUGGGAAGCUGAGCAGAGGCUAUCACAGCAAUGGAUGCCCAGACAAAAACAGCCCUGACAGUGCCUACUCUGUAGAUUACAGCAGCAGUCGUCUGUCCAGCCCAGAGCAUCCCAACGAAGAUUCUGAAAGCACUGAGCCCCUAAGUGUGGAUGGCACCUCAGACCUGGAGGGCGAGGAAGGAGAGGAGGAUAUGGGUACUAGCAUGCCAGAGGGAGAAAUCCCCCAAACACUUGACCAGGAAAAAUUUCUCAAGCAGCAUUUUGGGAGCCUGGGCAGUACUGAUGCAAAAGGUUUAGGUGGCUCCUGUAGGAAUCUGGAGAGAACUGCAAACCUCAGCAUUUCCUCUCGCUUUCUCUCCCAGUCCCCGGCUCUCAGACGGUUGUCCCUCUCUUCUUCCAAUCUGACCCUGGAUUCCAAGCCCAUCGAGCUGCCAGCCCAGCCACAGCAGUUUACACCUGACCUGAUGAGAAAUGGCAACGGCCUUGCUGGUGAGGCACUGGAGAGCAGCCAGCUGCUGGAGGGAGUGAGCUCAGCUCAGGCUGUUUACCUGCAGAAGAAGCGCAGGUCAGCGCUGGAGGGCAGCAGGGCUGGGCUGGCUGCCGGGCGCCUCCCCGCGCCCUUUGCAGACGGCCCCGCCAGUGCCGUGAUGAGAAAGGCACAGUCAGUUCACGACCUCCUUCACGAGGAUAAGGGUCCUGGAGCGAUAUCCUCUGCCAAGCAGCGUCCUGAGACUCUUUUGGUGGUGGAGAAGGAUCCAAGACCUAACAAUUGCAGGGUGUUAUCAGCCAGUAUGUUGAAGAUGGACGGAUCUGCUGCUCUGCUGGCCAAAGAUAUCAGAGCUGCAAGAUCCAAGUCCUACAUGAACCCCACCACCAGCUUCCGGGCUAAGAUGUCAAGGAGCGUGUCUGUAGGGGAAAAUCUGUACCUUGGUUACUGCCCUGAAAUGGCAGCUGAUGGGAGGACUAGCCCUCCAGUGACAGAGAAGACACAGUUUAGUUCCACAGCAGAUGUUGAGAAGAUGAAGCCACCAGUGAAAGAAAACGUUGCAGUGAAGCCAGCACUUCAACCGGUUGUAAACUGCUCGUCUCCCAAGUCCUUCCAUAGCAAGCUGGCAUCAGCAAACCGAGCACAUCUGAUUCUUGACAUUCCCAAGCCACUGCCUGAUAGACCCACGCUGGCCUCCUUCUCACCCACCACCAAAACAAAAGCCCUGCUUGAGCCACAGUCUCUGCAGUCAUCUGCUGGGGCCUGUAAAAAGAAACCCUCUCUUCCUGAGGUCCGAGCCUCCAAGAGGGAGACUCAAGCUGCUGGGUCUCUGGUUCCUGGCAGAGAGAUCCCAACAGGACUUGCUAAGGAGAGCCCAGUGGAGAGUCCAGGCUCAAGGACAGGUUGCCAGGAUGAGCUGGGGGUCGCUAACUCAAAACUGAGGGAGUUAUCAGAGGGCCAGCACCAAAGGUCUCCCGAGGGCACGCUGCCCAGGUGCAGGGAGAGGAUCACCGGCAUCGCCUGUGUGCUAGACAACCAACCUGGACUUUGCCCACUAGACCCCAUCAGGCCAAGUUCUCCUGCAUCUCUAACUGCCUCAGCACAGGCCUCAGAGUCGUGCAUCAGUGUAGAGCAGUGUGAGCACAUGGUAUCCAAGCUCCAGGACAGCAUGCGCAAAGCCAUCCACCUCUACCGCACGGUGUUAAAUGAUACAGAGUCUUCUACUGACAGAGAUAAAAUAGCAGGCCUCCUAACAGAAACAUUCUCCUCAAUGAAGAAAGAAUUGGACUCUCUGAAGGAUGAGACAGAGCUUGCAAAGGUGAAGGAGGUACCGCUGAAGUCACAGGAUACCACAAGCCCACUGAACGAGGGAUGUGGUGCCAAUCUACCAAGUCCCAAGAGCCUGGGAGAUGAGCAGACACUGGCUUUGCUGGAACAGUACUCAGAGCUGUUGCUACAAGCUGUGGAACGCCGCAUGGACAAGAAACUCUAAGGAAGGUGGUUUUCGGGUGCUUGUCAAUACCCAGAGAGGAGCACAGAGAGAGCUGCAGACUGAGGCUGUCAUCGCAGUGCUCUAGGGCUGCUGGGGACACCUUUAUCCAACUGACUUGCUCCAGUUCUUAGCAAUGUGCUGGCCACAGUUUUAAUACUUUUGGGUUUGGUUUUUUUUUUCCCUUUCAUGGUCUUCAACUUGCUGUCUCUAGACCAAGUCUUGAAAGAGGAGCUUGGAGAAAUUGCCUUGAAAUGUCUUUGUGUUCAGGGGGUCGGGAUGCCUGGCACCUAAAGAACCAGAGAAAAUCCAGCUGAUCCAAGAAAUUCUGAACUGCUGGCUAAAAGCAAAGGAGUCCCCAGGUGAAGCCAACCCCUUCCACUCCCAAGGCUUCAUGAGAAGGGAGCAGCAGACUUUUAAUGGGUUUAUUUAUUAAUUUAUUUUCCUGACUGUUGCUGUGUGUCACACUCGUGGCCACAAUCCUUGUCCUUGAAUAAAAACUCUCUAAACCUUUUGCCAUAUCCCAGCGAGAAACAAUCUCUGUAUUAUAAACCCCCAACAGGGAGACAGGCUGGAGUGUCUGUGCAAUUAAUGAACUGUUUUCUGUAUAAAUCUUGUCUUGCUCUUCUUCUCCUAUCUUAGUUUUGUUACCUGGAGUAAUCCUACUGUUGUCGUGACGACCCUCGUCUGCUUUUUCUCCUGUUUCAAGACAAGUCCUCACACUGUAUUUUAUCACCUCCAGGGGAAGGCCCUGCAACCCUUGGAGCAUGCUUUGGAGAUCACUCAAUGAAUCCAGUAGUGGUAUUUGAAAUCUGGAAUCUGACAUUCUCUUACACCUCAGACUAGGUUUUCUGCAGAUGUUUUUAACGUGGGGUUUGAAAGGUGAAUGUUUCAGCCAGGUUUCCUGGCUGGGAGCUGGAUGUUGGCUUUGAGGUUGGAAGGACUGGGAACUUUGGAGUGGUGAUUCAUUUGUUGGGAAGUGACAUGGAAAAGCUGGUUUCCAUCUCUUCCAGAAUAAUCUGGAUUUGAGAGAUCUUCAGUGCAAUGGCUCAUCCAUGUCAUUUCUUCAUUUUCCUUGGAAACGGGAUAUUUCCAUCCCAGGAAAGCCGGGAUUCUCUUCCUUCUCAUAAAGCUAUUUCAGCAGCAAACGGUUUCUCAAGCACUGAAACAAUUUGGGGUGUAGUGACCACCAUUUCCCCUGCCUCCAACCUCUUUGCUUUUAAUGAAUUUCCAGUCUGAGAAACAGAGAAUCUUUUGCUUCUUGUAUUUGUGUGUGCAAUACUCUCCUCUCUCUGUGGAGCUUCUCUAAGCCCAUGCUAACUUGUGUUUGUUGUGGCUUAAAACUGUCCAGUGAUGGGGUUUUGGUCAAUGAUAAGCUAAGAAAGAGAAGUAUUUUCAAACCAAUGAUACUCUUUAGCACCUUCCCCCUUACUCCCACUCCUUCCCACAACAAGAGCAGACACACAGAAUGCUUUAUUUCUUCCUCCAUCUCCAGUCUGUCUUGUGUGUAUUUUAAGGCAGAGCAGUGUAAUCCCAGUUUAUAGAACUAAUGCAAGCAACGAGCUUGCAGUGGGAGAGAGCAGCUGUGGAAGUUCCUCAAAGGCAGCCAGGCUGCAUUGCUUGGUUACACAGGUUACAGGCCUGAAGCAGUUUGCUUUCAUUUUACUGUCCUGGCUCUCAUCUCUUUGAAACCCUGGGGCACUUGGAAAUGUGGCCUGUUGACUUCUCUGUGACUGGACAUCUCUGCAGGGCAGCCCUUUUUCUACUGGGCUGGCCAGACUGGUGUAGGAUGACCUGUUCCAAGUGACUCCAGGGCUGAAUAAUCUGCAGUUCUUGCUGUCCCUGAAGAGAUUUGCUCGCUGGUCACCACUGCUGGCUGUGUCAGGACUUGGCAGCACGAGGAGCACUUGGUGAGCUUUCCAGCUACUUCUGCCUGCCAUUUAAAUCAGCCUAAUCAUACUGCAGGUGUCCUUGCUAACCUUUCCUUCCAUGGGCUUGUACUGAAACCUUUAAAGUGCUGUUUCCUAGCGGUGUCUCGGCAUUGCAGGGUGCUGAGUCAGCGGUGUGCUCGCUCCCGUGGGCAGCUUCUCUUGCACAGACAGGUUUUGCAAAGGAAGGCAAGGGGCAAACACGGAGAGGAGAUUUCUGGCAGUUUCCUUGAGUUGAAGGGGUGUGCUGUUGAUGCAGUGGUUGGCACGUGUGAGGGCAGUCCUGCUGGGUCUGUGAUGGAGUAAGCGUGGCUCAAGCUUGCUUUUGAGGUGAUUCAUUCCUCCGCUUUCAGACUGUGAACAUAUGUCCCAGUAUACAGGAAUUGUCUUGCUGUACUGGGGCCACAAGACACUCAGGUAAAAUAGCAGUCCCUUCAAGCCAGGUAUCUUUGGUACCGGUGAUAACGGUUGGAGGGUCCUUUCUAUUACUUCCCUGUGCAAUUUAAUUCCAUUGUAUUAUUUAAACGUUGAGGUAGAGACAAAAAAUGGUCAGAGAUGAUGCAGGAGAGCCAGUGGCAAGAAUGGGAUUCCCAUUAAAGGGCAACAACCCACGAAGCUGGCGUAGAGAUGUGAAACAAAGCUCCUUGGAAAUGAGUUGUGUAAAGCCAACCUGGUUUUGAAGCUGACCUGGAAUGGUUUUUUGUGUGGAGUCACGGCUGCAAACGGGAAACCAGAGGUAAAAGCUGAUCAGAGUGAUGGUAAGAGAAGCGUGGGGCAAGUGCAUCAGCUGGAGAAUGGUUGUGUAGCUGAGGUUAGAGUAGUAUACGUAGGACAUUGAGGAAAACAGAGUAGAGGUAGAGAUGAUCUUGGCCUGAAGAAAAACCUUUGGCCAGUGCCUGUGAAAGAUACGGUACAGAAGGGCUUCAGGAAAGUAGAGUUAGGGCUGAGAUGGUGAUCUGUAGUUGAAGAAUGAGUUGGAAGAGGUUUGUUUUUACAUGUUUCUGAUUGGGCCUCUUGUUUCCUUGCUUGGGUGUCACGAAUGAAGGAGCAGAAGGCCCGGGAAAGGAGACACUGGUGCCACAAGUUUGUCUUUGUAAUUUGAGACGGAUCCAGCUGGCCUUUCCCUGCUAACUUCCUAUUGCUGGCAGUAGGGACUAUUCCUAAACCUUCUAGUUUACAGAACAAAUGUGUUGCAUGUUGUUGCACCUUGUGAAUAACGUUUCCCCACAGGCUGUCCGUUGGGCCAGGGAGAGAAAUACUGAAUGGUAACUGCCUGGGAAGUGAAGAGGCUUGUGGGAAGAGGUGAUGAACGUGAGUCUGUCCCUCUUACUGGUUAGUGAUCCCUCACACUGGUUUGUGUGGGUGUUAGCAUAGGCACAACCACGUAUCUCUGUGGAGAGAAGUUACUUGUUUAACAUAAAGCUUGAACAAAUAAUGGGGACCUACCUAUCCUCUUUACAUACAUUUUGUCUCCUCCAACCCAACAUUCCUGGUCAAAAUCAGUUGUCAGGGGGUUGUUUCCAUCCUGUGAAUAUUACUUGGCAUCGUGGGACCCCUCAGUUCCUUCUUGGGCUCUCUGGAGCCGGUGCAGCAGGAAGGGCUGCAGCCUGAGAGGGCAGCAAACUCUUUCAGUUUGAUUUUUGCUGCAGGAAACCCUUCCUCCUCCUUCCUCCUCCUCCCCAGGAGCUGUGUGUAUGGGAGCCCAUGUUUCUUCCACCUCCUCUCUCAGGGUUGUCGUCUCCUUUCCAUGGGACCUCCCAGGUGAUGGUUGGGGCAGGCUUUAGGGCAGCCCCCUCCCCAGUCCCCCGCUUUACAGACUCCAUGGUGACUCAGAGGAUAUUGGGACACUUCUUUCCAGGAGUAGAAACAUACAAACUUACCUUUUUUUUUUGAAACAACAAAGACUAUGUACAUAACUAUAUAUAUGAGAGAAAAUGAAAUACAGGUAUUUAAACCCCAUUGGUAAAUUCAUGCAUGUCUGUGGUAUCUCCCCUCCCUGCCACCCCUGUAGCAUCCAGGAUACUAAAUGCCAGAAACCUCAUGAAAAGAAUAAGACAGGUCUUGUAGCAGCCCCUGAGCGAGCAGUCGCUUCCCAGUGCUCCAGGUCAAACCAGCACAUCCCGUAUUUCAGAUGGGGUGUGUGGAAAUGCCAGGAGGGUGCCUGGGGACCUGCCUUCGUGUGGGGAAGCAUUGGAGGGGAGAGGUAGAUGCGUUGGGAAUAAGCCAUGUCCACUCCGCGUGUCCUCCGUGCGCCCAGGGCGGCGGGCAGGCAACUCCUCACCCGUGUUCUCCUUCACCCCUUAAAAACCCCCAAAAACCAAGGAAAAACAACCCCCUCCCGCUUUAUUUAUAAACGUGUGUUUUUAUACUCUCGCCUUUAGGUAAAAUAAUCCUUUAAAAUGUCUUUUUUUUAUUAUUGUUAUUAUUUGGGGGAAAAAGAAAACCCCGCUCGUUUGUUGGGGUUUUGGGUUGAUUUUGUUUGGUUUUGGUUUGUUUUUUUGCACUGUGAGGCUCGCCGGGAGCUGUUUUUAACUCUGUAUUCAUUUGUACUCAAUAAAAAUGUGAUCAUUUGUUACCCA